CCUUCCCUGGGCACCCCAGGUCACACCGCAUGGGAUGGCAAUGACACGUGGAAGGAAGAGGCCCAUGUCCCCCAUCCCUUGCCUCGUGCUUGCGGCUGCCAGCUGUUUUGCCAAACUGAGUGAAUCACUGCAGGUCACAGUGCAACCUGCUUCUGUUGUCCAAAAACUUGGAGGCCCAGUCAGCCUGGGCUGUGUGGUGGACCCCCCCCAAGUGAACCUCACCUGGAGACUGAACGGGAAGGAGCUGGCUGGAUCAGACGAGGUGCUGGGCAUCCAUGUGGAGCGAGGGAAGCUCAUCAUCACAGCUCUCAACAACCACACCGUGGGGCGCUACCAGUGCAUCGCUCGUGUGCCUGAAGGAGUCAUUGCCAGUGUCCCUGCAGUGGUCACCCUAGCUAAUCUCAAAGAUUUCAAGUUUGACGGCCAGCAUGUGAUCGAGGUGGAUGAAGGGAACACAGCCGUGAUUGCCUGCGACCUGCCCGAAAGUCACCCCAAGGCUCAAGUCCGCUACAGUGUGAAGCAGGAGUGGCUGGAGGCUUCCCGAGACAAUUAUCUUAUUAUGCCAUCUGGAAACCUUCAGAUUGUUAAUGCCAGCCAGGAGGAUGAGGGGACUUACAAAUGUGCUGCCUACAACCCUGUGACACAGGAGGUGAAAACUUCAGUCUCCAGUGAGAGGCUCCGUGUGAGACGCUCCACAGCGGAGGCAGCCCGGAUAAUCUACCCUCCUGAGGCUCAGACCAUCAUCGUCACCAAGGGCCAGAGCCUCAUCCUGGAGUGCGUGGCCAGCGGGAUCCCCCCGCCGCGGGUCACCUGGGCCAAGGAUGGCUCCAGCGUCUCCGCCUACAACAAGACACGCUUCCUGCUCAGCAACCUCCUGAUCGACCCCACGAGUGAGGAGGACUCGGGCACCUACAGCUGCACGGCUGACAAUGGCGUUGGGGAGGCCGGGGCUGCCUUCAUCUUCUACAACGUGCAGGUGUUUGAACCCCCGGAGGUCACCAUGGAGCUGUCCCAGCAGAUCAUUCCCUGGGGCCAGAGCGCCAAGUUCACGUGCAAGGUGCGCGGGAACCCGCAGCCCUCGGUGAUGUGGCUGCACAACGCGGUGCCGCUGUCGGGCAGCCGGCGGCUGCGGCUGUCACGCCGGGUGCUGCGGCUGCUCAGCGUGGGGCCCGAGGACGAGGGCAUCUACCAGUGCAUGGCCGAGAACGAGGUGGGCAGCGCCCAAGCCUUGGUGCAGCUGAGGACAGCCCGCCCGGGAGCUCCACUCAACCCCGGGCGAGAUGCCCAGCUACACUCGUCUCAAUCUCCAACACCACCUUCCAGGGACAGCACCUUAAAGCUGCCCUUGGAUAAAGCUGGACUGCCCAAGCCUGGUACAACCCCUCUUCUAGCAGCAUCUUCACAGUGUGCAGCCAACAAGGAGCUGGUGCCUCCAGCUGAAGCCCCCAUCAUCCUCAGUUCUCCACGGACAUCCAAGACAGACAGCUACGACCUGGUGUGGAGACCCCGGCCUGACAGCAGAGCCCCCAUCCUCUAUUACGUGGUGAAGCAUCGCAAGCAGGUCACCAACACCUCAGACAGCUGGGCUGUGAGGGAUGUCCCAGCCUCGCAGCACCGCCUGACCCUCACCAGGCUGGACCCCGGGAGCCUCUACGAGGUGGAGAUGGCUGCUCACAACUGUGCUGGCGAGGGACAGACAGCCAUGGUGACCUUCCGCACCGGGCGGCGCCCAAAGCCAGAGAUAGUUGCCAGCAAAGAGCAGCAGAUCCAGAGGGAUGACCCAGGCACGAGCACUCAGAGCAGUAACCAGGCCGACAACAGCCGUCUGUCCCCUCCAGAGGCACCGGACCGUCCAACCAUCUCCAUGGCCUCAGAGACAUCUGUGUACGUGACCUGGAUCCCCCGUGGGAAUGGUGGGUUCCCCAUCCAGUCUUUCCGCGUGGAGUAUAAGAAAUUGAAGAAGUUGGGAGACUGGGUCCUGGCCACCAGUGAUAUUCCUCCCUCUCGCCUCUCUGUGGAAAUCCCAGGCCUGGAGAAAGGCACAUCCUAUAAAUUCCGUGUGCGGGCGCUGAACAUCCUGGGAGAGAGCGAGCCCAGCGCGGCGUCCCGGCCGUACGUGGUGUCGGGGUACAGCAGCCGUGUCUACGAGCGCCCCGUGGCCGGGCCCUACAUCACCUUCACGGACGCCAUCAACGAGACCACCAUCAUGCUCAAGUGGAUGUACAUCCCAGCCAGCAAUAACAACACCCCCAUCCAUGGAUUUUACAUCUACUACCGCCCCACUGACAGUGACAAUGACAGUGACUACAAGAAGGAUGUGGUGGAAGGAGAUCGGUACUGGCACUCCAUCAGCCACCUGCAGCCAGAGACCUCAUAUGACAUUAAGAUGCAGUGCUUCAACGAGGGAGGUGAAAGCGAGUUCAGCAACGUGAUGAUCUGUGAAACCAAAGCUCGGAAGUCUCUUGGUCUGCCAGGUCGUCUUCCACCCUCCAAAGUGCCCCCUCAGCAGCAUCCCCCACUCAGUGGUGGGCACAGUGGCCUGGGGACAGGAGCCAUGGUGGCCCGUUCCAGCGACUUGCCGUACUUGAUUGUAGGCGUUGUGCUGGGAUCCAUUGUACUCCUCAUCGUGGCCUUCAUUCCCUUUUGCCUUUGGAGAGCUUGGUCCAAGCAGAAGCAAACCAUUGACAUGAGCUUUCCAGGAGCUGGGCUGCUAGUGUCAUCCUGCCAGUACACCAUGGUACCUCUGAGAGGCAUCUCUGCUCCUCGUGCCAAUGGACAUCCCUUUGUUAAUGGGCAGCCCUAUGCCAGCAGGGCACAUCUGAAUGGCAUCUGCAGCUCUGCAGGAGUGGGGUAUGCAAGCACCAAGCCCCGAGAUUACAGCCCUGAUGAAAUGCCACAGUCACACCAAGAGAGCAACGCCUUGCUGCAGGCAAGAGUGCUGCAGAAUGGGAGUGCCCAGCAAGACUACCAGCCCUCCAGAUUGCCCAGCUCCAGAACAGAAGACAGCUCUUUCCUCUACAGUCUCCCAGAUGACUCCACUCACCAGCUUCUUCAGCCACAAGAUGAUUGUCCUCAUCUUCAAGAGCACUUUGUUGGCCUCCAUCAUCCUGUGAUGGGAAGCAAAGUGAGAGGCCCUAGCCUGGAUGCUCAACAAGAUACCCUCCUCCACCAAGGAAGCCCUUGCUGCUUAGGCCUAGUGCCAGUUGAAGAGGUAGAAAGACUAGACUGCUGCCAGUCCAGAGGAGAUCUCCAUGCCCAGAAUCCGGUGAUCACAUCUUUGGGUCAGGACCUACCAAGACAUCUGAACAGCAGCCCUCCACCACUGAGACCCUUAGAGACUCAUCCUCCCACCACCUAGGGCCCACCUGCCUUUUGCAAAAGACUUAUUC